AUGAAGUCCCUGAUCACCAUCGUUGCUGCACUGUGCAGCGUAGCCUCAGCAUGGCCACUCAUGCCCUGGAGCAUACUAGCUCCGCCAGCAACCGGCACCCAAUUCUACCAGCUUCAAGCUAAAUCGUUCGAAUCCCCAGCAACCACCGCCCUCAAUAACCAAUGGGUCACUCUCCCCGCCGGCUCAACCAGCUACGGCCUCGCAACAGCCCAGACUGCAGCGACCAAGUUCUUCGUGCAAAAAUUCAACGCGACGAAUACUUGGGCGUUUCACAACGCUGAUGACACGCGCCAACUCGCGCUGCGCGGCGCGGAUGGCGUGUUGCUGUACUUGGUUGACGUGACGAACCCUAAUUCAGGCAAUAUCCCGGGCGGGCAGUUGAUGGAGUGGGCGACGUUUACCAUGGACAGCAAUGUCCUGAGUGUUAGUGAUGGAAGUACGUUGAAGAGUAGGACGUUUGUGGGGGUCAGGGGAACGGGGACCACGUAUACUCUUGCGCUGUAUGAUGGAGUUAGUAAUACGACGCAGACAAUUAGUCCGCUGACGCUGAAUAUAGUGAGGAGUGGGAGUGGAUGA